CGGCCUCGAGUCGCUCCAAACCGCGUGCAGCAUUCGUUCCGAGUGAACUUUAAUAAUCGCUUUAAAAAAAAACCUAAAACAAAGUUAGAAUUUAUUUUCCGCUUUCAAAGCGUCAUCACAUACAGAGGCAAAGAAAGGAGAGUGAAUCACUGUGUCAGUCUGCUUCUAGCGAGGAACCUGCCGUUUCGUAGCACCCGCCGUGGUGGUGUAUUUGUUAUGGUGCUCGAGUGCUGAUACGAAGGUUGCGGGAUCGAAUCCCGGCCGCGGCGGGCGCAUUUUUGAUGGAGGCGAAAUUUCUUGAGGCCCGUGUACUUAGAUUUUGGUGUGCGUUAAAGAACCCCAGGUGCUCGAAGUUUCCGGAGCCCUCCACUACGGCGUCUCUCAUAACCAUAUCGUGUUUUUGGGACGUUAAAACCCAACUAUUGUUAUUAUUAUUGCGAGAUAACCUAUGCUACCUCACUCAUGGCGGAUCCUCAGAGACGUUCACAGUCAACGAAGCCUUCCCAGUCGAGAGCAUCGUGGGCACCCUUCAGGUGGCGGGCAACGCGAGCGAACCGUGGGGUGACAUCGAGCUGCGCAUGGCCGAUCCCGAGGGUUCCCCGCUCACCAUCUUGCCCGGAACCAAGAGCCUCGUACUUCGACAGAAGCUGGACAAGGAAGGCCGCGACGGUCUGCGCUCCGUCACCACCGACGUCAUCUGCUCACCCAGGCACACGCGCAACAACGACCACCUGAGCAUCACUGUGCCGGUCCGAAUCAUCGUGACGGAUGCCAAUGACAACGCUCCGGAAUUCCAAGGCACCCCUUACUUCCUCAACAUCAGUGAGAGUACUGUGCCCGGUACGACAGUCAUGCAAGGCAUUCGAGCCGUGGACAAAGACCAGCCUGGUCCCUUCAGCACGGUCGAGUACUACGUCGAGGACGGACCCUACUCG